UCUUUUUACUUACAUACACAAAAUACACUCUCUCUUCUCAUUUUCAUUUCCCAGUUCCCACCAUUUCCUCUUCUCCAUUUCCCUCUCAUCCCACCACCAUGUCUUCCGUCGUCCACACCUUCCACAAGACUCGCUCCUUUCUUCCCUCCAGAACUCUCCCCGAUGCCCUCCCCCUCUCCCACACCGACUCCCCCUCCGACCAAACCCUCCGCCGCCGCCUCUCCUCUCUUUCCCUCCGCAUUCAGCCAAUCUCCUCCCCUGCCACUGCUUGGGCCUUUCGGAAAUCCAAGUCUAUGUCCUCAUUCGGAGAUCUCGCCGGCUCCUCCGUCAGAAAGUGGUGGGACUGGGGCUGGGCUUGGAUCCUUUCUCGCAAACCUAUCUUCGCUAAAGAUCUGGAGAUGAACGAAGAGGAAUCCAAAAUUCUUGGAUCUCAAAACAGAGGUAGUUGGAAACACGUCUUCUUCAAGUUCAGAUCCGAAAUCAGAAAGCUGAUUGGCUCUGAUGUUGCCCUCCCUCAAACUACCCCCAACUAUCGAUCCUUCAAUUUCCCCAACAAUAAUAGCGGAAUCAGAACCUAAUCAAUCAAUCUCUCUUCCUUCUUUGCCCUUCUUCCUCCAUUGAUUUUGUACCCAAUUGUUCUUAUUGUUUUACGCAAUUUCUUCUCGGUGAAUUCAAAGAUCGAAUAGGGUUCCAACCAAAAAUUAGGUGAUAUAGAACAACUUAAAUAGCUUAGGGAUAUUGUUGUCAUUAUUUAGAUGGUUAUAUUUUUACUUUGUUGGAUUUAAUUUUGUACAACGAUGCUCUUAUUUUUUUUGUAUUGUAUUUUACUUUUAAUUCUUUUUCUUUUCUUUUUUUUUUUCUUUUUUACUACGGAGGGUUAAAUGUAAAAAUGUUGUUUGUAUUACUGUUAUUAUUGUCGUUAUUAAUUACAACCUUUAAUGUUGUGUUGUUAAAA